UCAUGGGGCCCCCGGGCAAUAGGGGAUCAUGGGGCCCCUGUGUCCUUGCCCAAACUCAAAAAAGUCUAUGAAAAAGGUACCAGGGGCAUCUCAUGGGGCCCCCUACUGACCCCGGGCCCUCGGGCAGUGCCCGAGCUUCCAAAUGGUCAGUCCGCCCCUGUAUAUACGUGACUUUGCAUUUCCAGGUAGGGGGUGUGCAUGUGCGCACGCACCACCAUAGGCGGCUACAAUUGUCGAUCACCAGGUCCCAGCCGCAGAUUCCACGCCGGCACAUGGCGAUCGCCAAGGAAGAGUGAAGGCCAUUGAAAUGAAGUAGAGCUCAAGAGUUA